AUGAGUGACAUCAGUUAUCCCGUAGGAGAAACAGAUUACAUUAGUAGUUUACAUGAUACAAUAUUGUGUCAUAUACUUUCUUUUUUACCAACAAAGUCUGCUGUAAAGACCUGUGUAUUGUCAAAAAGAUGGAAGAAAGUGUGGAAUCAAGUACCUGUACUUGAUUUCAUUGAGAUACCAGAAAAUUAUCAUCCAUUGUGCAACGAGGCAAAAAUUUCCUACAAUAAAUUUGUGAACAAGGUUUUAGCUGAGAACAAUGCAUUCUAUUUGCAGCGUUUUUGUUAUGAAUUUUCCUGUGAUGAUGAUUGUGAUUACUACGAAUCAUGGUUGGAUGCUGCCAAAAAACGUGAAUAUUAUGAAAUUGAUUUGAAUUUCACUUUAGGCGGAAGUCGAAGUUACAAAUUUAUAGAGAUGAUUUAUGGAAAGGGAGUAAAGAUGUUGAAACUAACGGUUGUGAAAGUGAAUGAUACUCCAGAGUAUUUUCAUCUACCAUCCCUUGAAAUUGUCCACUUUGUUAGAGUCGAGUUCAACGGUAGUGAAUAUAUGAAGAGGUUUACAUCAAAUUGUCCAAUUCUCAAAAAAAUAAUUAUCAAGGAGUGCACUGGUUUCGACGAGAUGUUUUUUGUAGAGUCCCUGACACUUAAAUCAUUAGAAAUUUGUGAUAUCGUGAGCCAGGCUUGGGGCAGAUCUCUGAUUAUUAGCAUUAAAGCACCGAUUCUUGAGUACCUUAGUAUUGAUGAUGAAAUAACAUAUUACAUGGUUGAUAGUUUAGCUUGGCUUACGGAGGCGAAUCUAAAUCUUAGGGAAAAUUUCCCAGUUAUGGUCAAUGAAUAUGGAAGUGAUUAUGAUAUUUAUCAAAAUAUCAAUUAUCUUAUAAGCAAGGCCUCCAAAGUCAGAUCUUCGAGACUCAAAACUUCUGGGCUUUUUCUUAAUGGGAGAGAACUAUCGAUUUUCGGAAACCUAACUCAUUUGGCGGUGAAAGCCGAAACUUUCACCUACGAAUUACUAAGAAAAACUCCCAAGUUGAAAUCAUUGAUAUUCGAGGAGGUUGAGUGGAUUGAUACCUCUAUAAAUUGUGUAGCCGAAGAAGGUUGGCUAUCGAAUCUCAAGCAUGUAACAAUCUUCUUGGACAAUGUAUGUCAAGUACAUCUUGUCUCGUGUGUAUUAAAAGCUGCAACAAACUUGGAGAAACUGACUAUUAAUUUGUGUUGUCCAAAAACCUCAGAAAGCAGAAUUCGACGAGAGCUUUCGACUAUACUAAUACCAUCAUCGUCCUUGAGAAUUGAGGAGAAGACUAUUACUUUGUGUUGUCCGAAAAUCUCCGAAAGACGCACUCUACAGCUUCCGGUUAUACUAACACCAUCGCCGUUCUUGAGAAUUACAAUUGUUUUUACAAAGUAA